GACACGGUAGGCACCCUGAGGUCCCCUCUGCGUGGUGGGGGGAGCAACCCCCGGAGUUCAGCUCUGGGGUGGGGGCGGCACCCGACCCACCUCUGCAGGACCCCCCAGUGUGCGAGGAGUUGGGCCAGAGUGACUUGGCCUGAGUCCCCGUCCCCACACUUGGUUUAUGCUCCGACUCCCAAUCUCCUAUAACACUUGGUCUCCAGGGCAGACACAGCCCAGGCCUGACUCCUAUGGCGUUCCCACCCCCUGCUGAGGCAGGCCAGGUUCUCAAAGGCCUCAUCCCUGACCCGUGGGAGGAUAGCCCUGACGAACCCCAGUGGCCUGGAGGCCGAGCUGGCUGCUCCCAGGUGGACAGCCAACCCACAGAGCCCCUGGGUCCCAGUGCCCAGCCUGGCUGCAGACACAGGCACUCAGCACUGCCCAGGCCCAGGCCCCAAACCUUGGAUACCUCCCCAUCCCGGCCAGCGGCCAGCCAGCUCCUGCCCUGGUGGAUACCUCAGUCAGAGGCUGGCCAGUCAGGUGUCCAUGAUGGGCACAGAUCCCUCCCUGCACCCAGGGAGGGCGCCUCUGUAUUUGUGAGGCACCCUUCCCCAUCGUGGCACCUGGGGCAGCCUGACUGCUUGCUUUGAAGGUGGGAUUGGGGGUGGGAGCCCACAUGCCACGGGGCUUGGAUGGCCUGGCUCCCAGGUCCUUAUGGGGUGACCGCUCUUAGGAGACAAGGCGAGUCCCUGUAGCAGAGGACAACCGCCUCCCCCAGCAGUGCAGGGGUCUCACUCUGUCGCCAUCUCUGCCCUCUCCACGCUUAGCCUCUCCAGCCAGGGUGCUGCCCCAUUGACCCCUCUGACCUGUGGCUCUCAGGAGGGGCUGCCGUGGGGCCAAGACAGGAGCCCAGCCCAGGAGGGAAGCAGUUAUUUAUAGGCCAGCAAUAAGAGGACCAAGCGACAAAAGCAGAAAUGGGGCUUUCAGACACAGUUUCAGUCGUGGUUGAAACAGGGAACUGAGACACAAAUACCUAGAUACUCACUGAGCAUCACUGAGUGGGAGACACAGAAAGCCGGGGCAUGUGGCCAGGCACAGACGCCCACCCCGGCCCGCACGCUUGGCCCAGCCUCAGCCCUGGGGACCGCCUUAGUAGCAGUCCCUCCGGCUUGGCCAGGGGGACAGGGCAGGUGACAUGUGGCCGGCUGCGGGCUCCAACACCCACACAGCUUGUCCUUGUGGAAAGCAUACCCCCAACAUCCAAGGUGUGACCUCAGGCACGAGUGGGAUGCUUUUGGGGGCUUAUGUGGGUGUCUGUGCAGGGGUGUCUCCAGUGCCUAGCUGCCCAGGCACUGAGGGGCAGUUCUGGGUGGGGCUGGAGCUGCUGGUGAUGCCAGGCUGCCCUGUGCAGAUGCUGAAGUCUCUUCGGAGAACGGCAGUGACCCCCAUGUGGCCGUGCUCCAUGCCGCCCCGCCGCCUGUGGGACAGAGAGGCUGGCACGUUGCAGGUCCUGGGAGCGCUGGCUAUGCUGUGGCUGGGCUCCAUGGCUCUUACCUACCUCCUGUGGCAAGUGCGCCGUCCUCCCACCUGGGGCCAGGUGCAGCCCAAGGACGUGCCCAGGUCCUGGGGGCAUGGUUCCAGCCCAGCUCUGGAGCCCCUGGAAGCGGAGGUCAGGAAGCAGAGGGACUCCUGCCAGCUUGUCCUUGUGGAAAGCAUCCCCCAGGACCUGCCAUUUGCAGCCGGCAGCCUCUCCGCCCAGCCUCUGGGCCAGGCCUGGCUGCAGCUGCUGGACACUGCCCAGGAGAGCGUCCACGUGGCUUCAUACUACUGGUCCCUCACAGGGCCCGACAUUGGGGUCAACGACUCAUCUUCCCAGCUGGGAGAGGCCCUUCUGCAGAAGCUGCAGCAGCUGCUGGGCAGGAACAUUUCCUUGGCUGUGGCCACCAGCAGUCCAACACUGGCCAGGAAGUCCACCGACCUGCAGGUCCUGGCUGCCCGAGGUGCCCAGGUACGACGGGUGCCCAUGGGGCGGCUCACCAGGGGCGUUUUGCACUCCAAAUUCUGGGUUGUGGAUGGACGGCACAUAUACAUGGGCAGUGCCAACAUGGACUGGCGGUCCCUGACGCAGGUGAAGGAGCUUGGCGCUGUCAUCUAUAACUGCAGCCACCUGGCCCAAGACCUGGAGAAGACCUUCCAGACCUACUGGGUGCUGGGGGUGCCCAAGGCUGUCCUCCCCAAAACCUGGCCUCAGAACUUCUCAUCUCACAUCAACCGUUUCCAGCCCUUUCAGGGCCUCUUUGAUGGGGUGCCCACCACUGCCUACUUCUCAGCAUCGCCACCCGCACUCUGUCCCCAGGGCCGCACCCCUGACCUGGAGGCGCUGUUGGCGGUGAUGGGGAGCGCCCAGGAGUUCAUCUACGCCUCCGUGAUGGAGUAUUUCCCUACCACGCGCUUCAGCCACCCCCGCAGGUACUGGCCGGUGCUGGACAACGCGCUGCGGGCGGCCGCCUUCAGCAAGGGUGUGCGCGUGCGCCUGCUGGUCAGCUGCGGACUCAACACGGACCCCACCAUGUUCCCCUACCUGCGGUCCCUGCAGGCGCUCAGCAACCCCGCGGCCAACGUCUCUGUGGACGUGAAAGUCUUCAUCGUGCCGGUGGGGAAUCAUUCCAACAUCCCGUUCAGCAGGGUGAACCACAGCAAGUUCAUGGUCACGGAGAAGGCAGCCUACAUAGGCACCUCCAACUGGUCGGAGGAUUACUUCAGCAGCACGGCGGGGGUGGGCCUGGUGGUCACCCAGAGCCCCGGCGCGCAGCCCGCGGGGGCCACGGUACAGGAGCAGCUGCGGCAGCUCUUUGAGCGGGACUGGAGUUCGCGCUACGCCGUCGGCCUGGACGGACAGGCUCCGGGCCAGGACUGCGUUUGGCAGGGCUGAGGGGGGCCCUUUUUUCUCUCGGCGACCCCGCCCCGCCCCCGCCCUCCCCUCUGACCCGGCCUGGGCUUCAGCAGCUUCCUCCUGUAAGCAGCCCGGGUCGGCACUGAGCCAGGAGCCGCCUGCGACCGCCCGGGCGCCGCGCACCGCCCGCCAGCUCUCUGAUUUCCGAGUCCAGCCCCCCUAAGCCCCGCCUCCUCCAGGGAGCCCUCCAGGAGGCCCCUACCCUGACUCCUGGCCCACAGGCCAGGCCUAAAAAACACUCGUGGCUUCCCA